GAACGCAUCUCGCGUAAGAACGAGCAACGUUCUCUGAAUUAAAAUAAAGUCAGUUUGUUGAGUUACUGCGUGGCUACUUAUUUCUCUCCUUCAACAUUUAAACAUGGAAUUUUAAUGAAGUCAAGGAUCCUUCCUCGAAAUCACUUUUGGUCCUAAUUUCAACAUAGUGCGAAAUGAUCCAUUGAAUAUUUCGCCUACACAUGCAACUGUGCGUUGAACUUCCUGAUCUAUUACUUGAGCAAAUUGCAGCCACUCGCUUGUAAAAUUCGAUGAUUCUGCUUCGAAGGUACUUUCGUUAUCCUGUAAAUCCUUCAGACCAAGAUGAUUUUAGACGACGAUACUACCCAUAUUAUUGCACAAUUUGAUGAAAUGUCCGAAGGAGGUAAACUUUGUUGCGACGUCGUGCCCAGUGCAUGGUUAUCAGUCGACGAAAAAGGAAAAUGUCAGUCAAAAAUCCGAGCAAAAACGAGUACCACCAUAUGAAGACAUAGUUUCUUCUUCUGCUGCUCCUGAAGCAUCCUGGAAAAGCUUUGCAGUGACCGUCGUAAAAGAAGCACGAAACUAUGAUAAGGGAAUCAGACGAAUGACCAGGUCAUUUGAAGAUGCAACCGUCUUGAGCAGCAACGUAGAUGAUCGCGAUAGUUCCGAUGAAGAAGAAGAACCCAAUAUUAUCGAUGUCAAUAAGGACCUUCAUGAUAUUCCAUUUCUCAGGAUGGCAAGGGACAAUAUCGAAUCCAAAAAUAAUUCCAGUGGCGAUGAUAAAAAAAAUGGCGAAGCUGUGAAUCCAUCGAAACUUUCGUUUUCCGAAAAAAAGUCAUUGAAACGUUUCAAAAUUUCAGUGCUUCGAAAAAGUGACAGGGAAUGUUCAGGCAGCGAUUUGUCAACGCCACACACCAAGAAGCUAAAAAGUGACAAGAUUCAGAACAAAAAAGAAGCAGCAGCACCUGACAAGAUUGUCAAAAAACUAAAGCUACUCACGAAGGAAUCGAAAAAUCCAAGUCCAAAGAAGAGAAGUAUCGUCAUAUAUCUGACUCUAAAUCUCAAAAAGUAA